AAGAUCCCCGACCGGUGCCGAUGCGCAGCGCUCCCCGCCGCGGGCUGCGCCCCUGCAGUGGCCUCGCCCUGGGCCUGGGCGGGGCCGCCUCUGCGGCGGGCUGGCGCCCCGCCCCGCUGGCCACGCUGCGCCCGGCGUACCGCGGGGCCGAGGAGGCGUCCCUGCGCGCGCUCGGCGCGUGCUUUCGGGACGGGGACGACGUCUACACAGACCCGAAGUGCUGCAGCUGCUCGGACGCGGGCGGCGGGGCGGAGUGGUGCUGGCAGGGCGGCUACACCCACGGCGCGUGCUGCGUGUUCCCCUUCGGGCACCUGGCCGGCGGCUCGCGGGCGCCCAUCCCGUGCGGCACGUGCCGUGCCGCAACGAGUCCGGCACGGAGUUCCGCGACUGCACGUUCAACCUGGGCACCUUCCGGCCGACCGUGCGUCAGGGGCUCCUGCAGAGUGGCAGCCAGGACUUCCUCGUGUGGGCACCCGGGUUCCUGCUGGCGAAGCUCCUGGCUGCCGGCUGGCUGCCGGCGGCGGCGGGCAGGCCGCUGA